AUGUCGAUAGAAAAUUCCGAGUACACGAUGAAGCCUGCUGAAGAGCUGCCUCUCACCGAUAAGUGCCACCAUUACGAAGGAAAGCAUGAGGUACCGUGGGAUAUUCAAAAGUAUUUUUCCCAGCGGUAUUCUAUUUUUUCUCUGUACGAUUAUGGAGUCUACAUGACAGAUGAUGCUUGGUUCGGUGUAACACCUGAGCCAGUGGCAAACCAAGUCGCCAACGAUAUGUACGGUACUGAUGAGAAGAAGCACAUUCUCAUCGAUGUCUUCGGCGGUGCAGGCGGCAACACAAUUGCCUUUACCCUCUCGGAACGCUGGAGUCGCGUUAUCUCUAUCGAGCGCGAUCCCUCUACACUCGCCUGUGCUCAAAACAAUGCCAAAGUGUAUGGUAUCGAGCCAGGCUUAAUCACAUGGAUCCUCGGGGAUAGCUUCGAGUACCUUGGCAAAUUAUUCAACCGCCCAGAAGAGCUGCAUCCUGACCUGAGAGUAAAUCUUGACGAGACAGUCUUGUUUUCGAGUCCGCCAUGGGGAGGCCCUGGAUACCGUACCGACGAGGUGUUCAAUUUGUACAACAUGCAGCCGUACAAUCUCGACGAUUUGCAUAACGCGUACAACAGACUGGACCAUGCCCUUUUCCUGCCCAGGACUAGUGAUAUCCGACAGAUUGCAAAACUGGCGCCUCCAGAUAGGAAAGUCGAGGUUGUACAGUACUGUAUGGAGGGAGCUAGCAAGGCCUUGGUAGCUUUUCUUCCAAGCAAAUACUCCAAGAAGCGCGAGUAA